AAUAUUUUCAGAUAAAAAUGGAGAUGAAUGAGAUAGUGGUUGAUUCUGGGUUACGUGAUGAAGUUGUGUUUAAGAUUCAAGGAAUUACAUGUGAUAAAUGCGUUCGUUUGAUAACUGAAUGCCUGAGCGAAAUGGUUGGGGUGGAGCAGGUUAAAGUUUCAAAAGAAUUGAGUAGUGCCGCGGCUGUGUUUGAUACGAGCAAAGCGAGUCCUGUAAAAAUGGUGGAAAAUAUUGAGAAACUUGUAAACGGAAAAUUUAAAGCGAGAAUUCAGGUUUGUGAGCUGAGGUCCCUGCAGUAUACAGUAAACUACUGGAAUCCUCGAGUAUGUUUAGAAAUAAAAAAUAAAAUAGGAAUAAAUUCAGUUCAUGAGAAGGAGAAGGGGAAGGUUCAGCUAGUUUAUAACAGAUAUAUUUGGAGUACUGAGUGCCUGGAGGUAUACCUGGAUCAGAUCCUGACCGAGUUCUCAAACCCUGAGCUCAGGACGGAGAAGAUUAAGGUUCAAGGGAUGAGUUGUCAGUCCUGUGUCAGAAAUAUUGAAACAAAUCUUGUUCAGCAUCAAGGAAUAGAGAAUGUGAAGGUCAGCCUUAAGGACGCAUGCGCAGAAGUGACGUAUGACGCCCACUUGCUUCUGCUGUCUGAUAUACCUCCUCUAAUCACUAAGCUGAAUCCUGCAAAGUUCUCCGCCAGUCUGGACGGGGUUAAGCCCCAGCUGCGAUGGCUUAAGUUUGCAAGGAAGAAUAAAGAACCUGUGCCCCAGAAUAAAUUUAUUAAGGAUAUCCAUAUCCAGGAUGAAACUGUUUAUCUUCAAGUUGACAUGAGUGAAGAUGUUUCCGUCCUUCUUAAGGGGGCGGAGAAUGAUUUAUCCGCCUUCUCCAGUCUACUUUACCAGGCGGAUGUGUGUUUUAUAAUUUUAACCGGACCGAAGCAAGCUAUUUUUAAAAGAAGUGUUGAACUCCAGAAAGAACCUGGGAUACUGUGCUGUGAUAUAUUGUCAGAUGGAUCAGGUGGAAAGGUAGAAUAUGAAAAUGGAAAAAUUACUCCUUUUCAAAUACUCCAGUUUUGGCAACAGGAUUCAAGAAUUUCUUGUGAGUUAGUUACCCCUGCCGAUUACCUGAGAUCUAGCGGAGAUAAUGGAAUAAGAUUGUCCAAGUGUUCCCUGCGUAUAACUGGAAUGACCUGCGCUAGCUGCGUAGCUGCUAUAGAGAAGCAUGCACUCAAGAUAAACGGUGUCCGCUCCGUACGUGUUGCACUCAUGGCUUCUAAGGGAGAUGUUGAAUACGAUUCAUCUUUAGUUUCAGAUCAAGAUAUUGCAAGCAGUAUCACAGCUUUAGGCUUUCUCUCUGAACUAAUAGAUUGUGAAACCAGUGACGGUUCAAUACAACUCUCAAUUAAGGGAAUGACGUGUAGUAGCUGUGUCCACCAGAUUGAGAGCGUACUGGGGAAAAGACAGGGAAUAAUCUCAGUGUCUGUAGCGCUUGCAACGGAACGUGCUAAAAUCAAGUUUGACAGAUCAGUUCUCGGUCCUCGUGAUAUUAUUGCAGCGGUAAAUGAUCUUGGCUUCCAGUGCAUGAUCGCCCAGCGAUCCACACAGAACUCUUAUCUGGACCAUAGUGAAGAUAUCAAGAAGUGGAGAUCAUCAUUCUUUGUUUCAUUAAUUUUCGGAGUUCCUUGUAUGGUGAUAAUGAUGUAUUUCAUGAUGAGAAUGAGCUCUGACGAACAUUUGCAUGCAGACCUCUGCUGCCUUAUUCCUGGCCUUUCAUUAGAGAAUGCUUUACAGUUUCUACUCUCUACCCCAGUUCAGUUUAUUGGUGGUCGACACUUCUAUAUUCAGGCUUGGGCCGCUAUUAAGCACGGAACCACGAAUAUGGAUGUGUUGGUGGUUCUAGCAACCACUAUUGCAUAUACAUACAGCUGUGGGGUGGUGCUAGCGAGCAUGAUAAUGCAGGAGAACGCCUCACCGAUGACCUUCUUUGACACCCCGCCCAUGCUGUUCCUGUUCAUCUCCCUGGGUAGAUGGUUGGAACAUAUUGCUAAAUCUAAAACAUCAGAUGCACUCUCAAAACUUUUACAACUUAAGGCUACUGAAGCAAUCCUGGUAACCCUGGGCACAGAGGGAGAAAUAGAAGCAGAGAAACUUAUCAAUGCAGAUCUUGUUAACACAGGGGAUCUGCUAAAAGUCCUGCCAGGAUCUAAGAUACCGGUGGAUGGAAAGGUGUACUCUGGAGAAAGUACAUGUGAUGAGAGCUUGAUCACUGGUGAGAGUAUGCCAGUUAGGAAAACAGUUGGGUCGCAGGUCAUUGGUGGAGCAAUGAACAAGAACGGAAUGAUUUUAAUCCAAGCAACCCACGUAGGCGAGGAGACGGCCAUCUCACAGAUUGUUAGAUUAGUAGAAGAGGCCCAGACUAGUAAAGCUCCAAUUCAGCAACUAGCAGACAAGAUUGCGGGAUACUUUGUACCCUUGGUGGUUGGAUGCAGCCUGCUUACACUCCUCUCUUGGGUCCUUAUUGGUUAUGUUAAUAACCAGUAUCUUCCAGUAUCUACUAUGGAGAGGGAGGGAUUUAGUCCUGAAGAAAUCACGUGGCAGUUUGCGUUCAGAAUGGCGCUCUCAGUUCUUGCCAUCGCUUGUCCCUGCGCGCUCGGGCUCGCGACUCCUACAGCUGUCAUGGUUGGAACAGGAGUUGGAGCCAUCAACGGAAUCCUGAUCAAAGGCGCGGAACCACUGGAAAAUGCGCAUAAAGUAAACGCCGUCGUUUUUGACAAAACUGGAACCAUAACUCACGGAGUUCCGACGGUAGCUAAACUGGUUCUGCUACGUGACCUUCUACCUGACCCUGCUGCUUCAAUCAGUCUUGUAUUAUCUCUGUUGGGAACUGCUGAAGGAUCAUCAGAGCAUCCUCUUGCUACAGCCAUUGUGAAAUUUGUUCAGGAAUCCCUGAACACGAAGAAGACUGGAAAGGUUUUAGAUUUUCAGGCUUCUCCUGGUUGUGGUCUGAGUGCUAAGAUUGGAAAUAUUGACAGCCUAGUGGCAGAGGGGAAACUUAAAACCCAGGUUAUCAACUAUGUGAAUAUGAGAAGGAAGGGUGAAGAGGAUAUUGAUUUAGCAGGAGCUAGUGUAUCCACUCAUAUGCUUCCUAAGAUUUUCAAUGAGCAAGAGGAAAUCUUGAUAAACCUCUUCCCUCUGGAGAGGGAAAAGAAGGAGGAGAAUGAAAAGGACAAGACAAGGAAGGAGGAGGACUACUACAAGGUCCUGGUGGGGAACAGGGAGUGGAUGGAACGAAAUUUUAUUGAGGUUCCUGGCCACGUGGAUGAACGGCUAAAGCUAGAAGAAGAGUUGGGUAGGACUGCUGUUAUUCUAGCUGUUAAUAAACAGCUCAUUGCUUUAGUUGGUAUAGCGGAUACAGUUAAACCUGAGGCUGCCCUCACAGUUUACUGUCUGAAGAAGCGAGGUCUUGAUGUUAUACUACUAACUGGAGAUAACAGGUAUGAACAUUGCCAUCUUUGCAUUCAAGCUUUAUUUGAAAUUAUGCUGAUACUCCCUUUAAAGGUUGCUAUGGUUGGAGAUGGAGUCAAUGAUUCCCCAGCCCUAGCUCAAGCUGAUAUAGGGAUUGCUAUUGGAAGUGGAACAGAUGUUGCAGUUGAAGCAGCUGAUGUUGUUCUCAUCAGGAAUGAUCUGCUUGAUGUAGUUGCCUGCUUGGAUCUGUCCCGUAAAACAGUUUCUAGAAUUUGGUUGAACUUCAUGUUCGCUUCAGUUUAUAAUCUUAUUGGUAUUCCUGUAGCAGCAGGAGUAUUCUCACCCUGGCAGAUAAAACUUCAACCCUGGAUAGGAAGUGGUGCAAUGGCUCUGUCAUCUGUAUCUGUAGUUGUCUCUUCUCUACUGUUGAAGCUAUAUAAGAAACCAACAAGACAAGAGCUGGAUACUGUAGAGUUUAAAAAAUAUAUGCAGGCUGGGGAUGGAGAGACUUUAAGUAUUCAUACUGGAGACGAUUUGGAGGUGGAGAUUAAACCUAGGAGAAGAUUCUUCUCAUUUUCAAAACUAUCCAAGAGCCCCAGCCCCAGGGGUGGGAAACGUGGCCUACUGGAAUCCCUAGAGUCUGCAGGCAGUGAUGAGGAGGAAACCGGUUUUAAUCCAGUCUAGGAUCAUACUGUACAAUCAGUGUGUAAACUGUACUCUGUUCAAGUUAAACCGGUUUUAAUCCAGUCUAGGAUCAUACUGUACAUUCAGUGUGUACACUGUACUCUGUUUAAGUUAAACCGGGUUUAAACCAUUUUUGGGUCACACUGUACAUUUAGUGUGUACUCUGUACACCUGGUUUUAAACCAGUCUUGGUUUAUACUGUACACUGUACUGGUCAACUCAUCUUUAGAAGAAACCCGUUAAAUCCAGUUUGCAUUCUGAGAAAUCAUAUCAGUGGUUUUACAGAAAUUUUUUAACAUGGAUAAAUCCUAAUUCCAAUAAUGCAUCAUAUAAGUUGGAAAAAAAUAUUUAUUACAAAAAGUGUAUUAAAUCUGUUUCAUUUUAUUAUAUUUACUGGAUGUCACUAAUAUUAUAUAAAAUGUUCAAAAUUGUUCAAAUUGGAAGAAAGAAAAAAUUUGUUCUUGUCGUACACGUACUGUGGUAAUGUAAGAAUGACCCAGUAAUUUUGAAGCACAUACAAAACAUAUUUUCACAAAAAAACAUUAAAACAACUCUAAUCAAAAUAUAAAACAUCAGCACUAAAACAUAUCCAGUACAUAACACUUUAAACCAAAUCGUAAAUAAUGUUUACUUCAAUAAAAUUGUUUAGAUGUGAGUAGGGUUGAGAUGAUAUUCGAGAAAAAAAUUCCUGUAAAUUUUUUUAUAAAAUAUUCGAAUGUGAAAAUAAAAAUCAGGGAGUUUCAACAACUUGGGUUUAAAAUGUUACAUUUGAUACUUUUUGUGCUUGAGAUGUUUUGUGUUUGCGGAAGGAAUGAAACCGGUAUCAAACCUCAAAUUUGGUCUGAGCUCGACGUUAGACUGAUAAGACCUAGAAGGGAUUAUGACACGGUUAGAAAGGUUGGUUACUCACGAUGUGCUCCAAUGCACGGAAAAUGUUGUCUCCUAAACACAGAUAGAAUCCUCAUAUGACGUCACGCUCACCUCUAUAAUCAGUUACGUCAUGUGAGGAUUCUGCUAAGGAGACGACAUUUUCCGUACAUUGGAGAGCAUCCAGAGUAACCAACCUCUAUAGCAUACCCAGGCUAGGUCAAGGAGCUAUUGGACACUCCCUGGCUUCCUUAAUAAAAUACAAUUGAAUUGAAUUAAUAUGUUAUUUAUGAGAGAUAUUUUUAUUGUUUUGAAAUCAAUAUGUUUCUGUAUGAUAUGUUUUGUAUGGCAUCCGUAAUUAUUGGCUCUGAGCGCAAGAAAUGGGGUUUAACGUAUUCACAAGAAAUGGGAUUUACUUUAUUUUCUUUUUAGUUUUAUUGAUAAACCUUUUACCUUUUCUAAAAUCUUUGAUGUUAAAGUUUUAGAUUUCUUGCCUCAGAGCGUACAAAACUUACCAAAGACACUAGAGCUAUACCCAUGAUUUUAAUAUGUAUCCUUAAUUUACUUUUUUUGUUUAGUAUCUUAUUUUACUCAAUUAAAAAGCACAGUAUUUAUGUUCAAAUUGCUAAGUGAAUUAAAGUAUUUAUGUGUUCUCUGUCUAGUUCUCCAACUAAAUUGUAUUUUUUUCUUUAAAAAUUUGCGUAUUUUUUCUUAUUCCGUCCUAGGCAACAAAGCUGAUAACUUUAAUGGUUCAUCUACUUAAAAACUAUUUUGUACCACUGAAGAAAAGAAUUCUAAUAUUUGUUAUGUUUAUGUUUGCCAAGUGGACUCCAAAACAUUAUCUGGAUUUGGCGUCAUAAUAGAACAGACUGAUUAAAUAAAUAUAUGUUAUUAUUCAAUCAAACUCGUAGAAUAACAACAAUAAAUAUUGUUUAUUAAUCCAAAGUUGUCGUAUGUUUUUACUUACACAAGCACUCAGUCAGGGUGUUUCUGCAUAAAUUUUAUCAAAAAGAAUCGAAAGUUCAACAAGAGUUGUUUAAGUGUAUAGCCGUUGUAAUUUAUAUACUCUGUAUUCACACUUUUUAUUGUUUGUCAGAUUUGUAUACAGUUUGUUAUUGUACUGUCGAGUGUACAUGUUUAAAUAUUAGUGAUAAAGCAUCAAUGUUCUUUUUAUGCUCAUGCACAUUGCACAUGCGUGUCUGCAGAACAGUGUUCAAAUAUGGUGCAAUUCAAUUUUUUAAUCACACAAUUUUAUCCUGAAGUAUAUUUACUUAAAUAUUA